CCACUCUCAUAGCUUUCAAAUAGUCGUCAAAUACUUUUGUCAACUCUACCCAAUUUCAAUCCCAAAAUCACAGCGUAGGGUACCCCCGCCGUCGUGCUCUCAAUUCCCCGGCGAAACCAGUCGAAUUCUCAUUUGCCGAUGAGCUGACGACACCACAAUUCGCCAUAGCCUGAGGGUGCAUUUGUUCAAGGACCUGUAUUGUGGAAGGUUGGACACAUUUUCUUUGGAAGCCAUGGGCAGUGCUUUUAAUUCUCAGAUCUUAGUGGAUAAGCUGGCCAAGCUCAAUAGUUCCCAGCAAAGCAUCGAGACUCUAUCACAUUGGUGUAUUUUUCACAUGAAUAAAGCAAGACAAGUUGUUGAGACAUGGGAACGUCAAUUUCAUUGUGCUGCACGGGAGCAACAUUUAGCUUAUCUCUAUCUUGCAAAUGAUAUUCUUCAAAACAGCAGACGCAAGGGUUCAGAAUUUGUGGGUGAGUUUUGGAAGGUUCUUCCAGGGGCAUUGCGCAAAGUAAUUGAGAGCGGGGAUGAAUCUGGAAGGAAUGCGGCACUACGGUUGAUUAGUAUUUGGGAGGAAAGAAAAGUAUUUGGCUCUCGAGGACAGAUUCUAAAGGAAGAAUUUGCAGGGAAGCAUGGCGAAAACAGCUGUAGAAUUGAGAAGCCCUCGGGGUUCAAGCUGAGGCAUGUCGGAAAUGGACUGGAAAAAAUAGUUUCCAGUUAUCAGGUGCUAUAUGGAGGGCAUAUAGAUGAGGAUGCUUUGUUAAAUAGAUGCAGACAUGCUAUAAACUCAGUUGAGAAAAUCGACAAGGAAAUUGAAUGCGACCAAAACUCAGGACACCUUACUGGGUCCAAAAUUGCACAUGAGCUUAAGGGGCAGCAUGAGAUUUUGAGGGACUGUAUUGAGCAGCUAAUGACAGUGGAAUCAUCCAGAGCAAACCUUGUCUCACAGCUUAGAGAUGCUCUGAGGGAACAGGAAUAUAAACUAGAAUCAAUCCGCGGUGAGCUACAGGCUGCUCAGUUACGUUCAGAACAGGCAAACAGUAUGUCCAAGCGGUUGCUUAAUGGUGACAACGGCGUCCGAAUAUUGGGCGAGCAUGGCGGCGGGGGCAGUGAUGAUCAACCCGCUGCCGCCUCUGCCUCUCAAACAGUUCACAGUCUCAAACUGGAGAGUGGUGGAGACCGAACAGCUCCGGUCAUGUACACCCGCCACGUGGAAAACCCCGCCCGCCACCUGGAAGAAGAGGACCCCAAGUCUGCAGCCGCAGCGGUCGCCGCCAAGCUGACCGCCUCGACAUCCUCUGCCCAGAUGCUGACCUACGUCCUCUCCUCCCUUGCGUCCGAGGGCGUCAUCGGCACCCAGACCAAUGAUUCCAACCGCAACGCUUACGCUCCUCCCGCGGAGAAAAGGGCGAGACUGGAAGCCGAAUACGUCCCAAACGAACAACCCCCUCCCCCAUCAUCCCCGCCGCCUCCCAUGCCCCCUCUACCCCCCAUGCAACCCUCCUACCCGCCCUUUUUGGAGAACCCGGGGCCCAUACACAAUGCGGGGUACAUGUUCCCGCAGGGGGUCCCACCCCCCAUCAACGGACUGUUGCCCUUUUCUGCUCCUCCGGGAAAUGUUGUUUUUCAGAUGUAUCAACCAUCUGACGGCGGUUUCUAUGCCCCUCCGCCGCAAUCAACCUUGCCUAUGGCGCCCGCCAGCAGCCGCCAGUGAGUGAUAGUAGUAGUAGCAGUAGUAGUGUUUUGUGUUUGUGGGGGAUGAUAUAAAGUGAAUUUGCACAUUCUUGAGUUUUAACAGUCCUAUGUUGUAUACAAGUAAAUAUCCAUAACUUGGAAUUUGUAGCCUGUUUUGACCCCUUGUUUUUAAUUAAUACUAUAUAUUUAGCACUACUGGCUUGUGGCUGU